GAAUAAAAUGGAAAGUUUUGUCUCGGAAGAUCUCCUAUAUAGAAUAAAAAAUUUUCCGAUGGUUUUGUUUGAAGGUGAAGCCUGGAAGGCCAUUGGUCGUCAUUGCAUACGGGAGUCUGAACGGAGAAAGAAUGUUGACUGGGAUUCUGGAAAGCCACAUGCAUAUCACUGUCAUGUCAGUCUCAGUGGAGAAGUUAUUUUUAAGGGACCAUAUAUUCAAAGCACAGGGACUCAUCUUCAAAGGGUAUUGGGUGAUGAUAAUGUACUGUUAGUGAAGUUUGCAGAAGAAAAGGAUAAAAACUCUACAAACAACUAUGAAAGAUUAUGUCUUUUGUACCAGAGUUUUGCUGAAGAUGGAAUUUCUGUUGGUUUGCGCCAUUAUCGGUUCUUUGUUUUCAAAGAUGGCGGCAAAGAGGAGAAGAAGAAAAAUCCGACAUCUUCACCUGUGAAGUGUUAUUUUGUCCGAACAACAUCUUGUUGGGCAAAGGAUGAAGAUAAAUCCUAUAUACUGUUUAAUAAGUCUAUCAGUGAAGCUCGGACCAUUUUUAUGCAUGUACAUACAGUUUCAUCGUUAGCUAAAUAUAUGCCUAGGUUUUCUUUGAUAUUGUCGAAAACAAUAAAGCUUGAUGUUGACCUUUCUUCUGUUAAUAUCCAAGUGAUAGAUGACAUCCCAUGUCGGGAUGAAUACGGACAUGUUAUAUAUAAUGAUGAGGAAGAGGAUGAACGCAUGAUUCAUACUGAUGGAACAGGGUUCAUCUCCGAGGAUCUGGCAAUGAAGUCCCCAAAUAAUAUUUUUAAGGGCCAUUGUUUAAAUUCAAAUAAUAUGGAGAAAGUUCUUGAUGGAUUUAAGAGUUUGGAUAGAACUUUAAACACUGCAGAGUACAUUUCUAGCACCGUUGAACCGCCACUUCUUAUUCAAUUUCGAUUGUUCCACAAUGGCUGUGCUGUGAAAGGAACACUUCUUGUAAAUAAACAGUUGCGUUCCAGAACUAUUCAGAUACGGCCUUCCAUGAUAAAAGUUAAAGCAGAUCCAGAUGCUAUAGCUAGUCAGUCCUUCAACUCCUUUGAGAUUGUUGGCACAAGUAAUCCACCAAAGAAGACAUGCUUAUCACGGUCUUUAGUUGCUUUGCUUCACUAUGGCGGUGUGCCAAAGGAAUUCUUUUUGGAACUUAUGAGGCGUGCAAUUGAAGAUCUUCGAAAUGCUAGAUAUAACAAAAGAUCUGCGUUGAGAGUUGCUCUGAGAUAUGGUGAAAUGGAUGAAUUUCUUGUUUCAAGAAUGAUACUUUGUGGAGUACCACUUGAUGAGCCUUACUUAUUUUCUCGAUUACUAGUUUUAAUGAAAGAGGAGAGGAAGGGCCUCAUUCAAGGAAAACUUCCUGUGGAUGAUUGCUACUAUUUGAUGGGGACGGCAGAUCCAACUGGAACACUCGAGCAUGAUGAAGUUUGCGUCAUACUUGACAAUGGUCAAGUUUCUGGAGAUGUUCUUGUUUACAAGCAUCCUGGUCUACAUUUUGGCGACAUUCAUAGGCUAACUGCAACGUAUAUUAAGGACUUGGAGGACGUUGUUGGGAAUUCUAAGUAUGCUAUUUUCUUUCCUGUUAAAGGUCCUCGAUCUUUGACAGAUGAAAUUGCCAAUAGUGAUCUUGACGGUGAUAUGUACUGGGUCUGUAGGAAUCCACAGCUGUUGGCUUCUUUUUCUCCUGGGAAGCCAUGGGUCAGACCAGCCCCAGCUCCGAAGAUAUCACAACCCAAGCCUACAGAUUUUUCGGAUAUGGAGCUGGAAAGAGAACUCUUCCAGCAAUUUUUAAAGAAUAGAUUCAUGCCAAGCUAUGCAAUUAGUGAGGCUUCAAUUUAUUGGACUGCAUUCAUGGAUCGUCUAUUAACAUUAGGGGAUGAUUGUUUUGAGGAAAAACAAAAGUUAGAAGAAAAAAUGAUUAACUUGGUUAACCUCUACUACCAUGCUUUGGAUGCUCCAAAAAGUGGCCUGAAGGUUGAAAUUCCCAGGGAACUCAAACCUGAUCUGUUUCCACACAUAAUGGGUAGAGCAAAAACUUACAUUUCGAAGUCUAUACUUGGUUUGAUUUACGAUGAGGUGGAUGCUGUUGAGACAGAAGAUGUUGCUCCAAAUGCUGUGUGGCUUAUUCCUUGCUUUAGUGAGGAGAUUCGUGAUCCUUCCCUGAGUAUAUGGAAAAAACAUUAUGAUGACUAUAGAUGUGAGAUGAGGAAUGCAUUGCAGGAGCCGCGUGAAGACAAAUUGCCUGAAAAUGUCAUCCAAAAGUAUAAAAAGUUGCUGUAUGGAGCAGCUGAAUUUGAAGAUAGCACUAGAAAAGAAGAAGAGAUAUUCAAUGAUGCUCUAGCAAUAUAUCAGAUUGCUUAUAACAUGGCCAAGUCUACUAAUAGAGUUGGCUAUUGCAGCUUCGCAUGGAACGUUGCAGGAAGGGCACUUUGUUUGCUUCAUGCCAGAAAGCAGGAAAAUGAUCCAUCGAUUUUAUGUUUACGAUCAGUUUUACGGGAAGUCUUUGGCUGAUAUUUCAUGUAGAUUAUCUCAUGGGCAUAGUGUUGUAACGUUGUUUAUUAUUGUAGUUAUUUAAGGACUAAAGCGAAUGAUUUUGAACUCUAGAUUGGAUUUUUAAAAGCAAUAUAAUUAAUUAUUA